AUGAAGUGGGCCAAAUCUGCGAACAGCAUCUAUCAUGUGUUGUUCGAUUUCUGUCAGUGGACCUCGAUUCAUGGCGCCGCUCAUGUUGCGCAAGCCGACAAGGUUGCAAUUGCAGUUUUCUGGGUUCUCGUCACACUGGCAAUGUUCGGAAUUAUGGCAUAUCUUAUUGUGAAUUCGAUCCUCAAUUUUUUAAGCUAUCCAGUGACAAUGACUCAAAGGGUAAAUAAUCAAUUUUGGAUUGAUUUUCGUAGGGCCUGUACAGCUACUUUUGAAUAGUGCUAUUUACGGCGUAACCUGGCGUGGUUCAAAAGUAACUGUACUUGUCCAUAAACAAUGCAUUGUAUAUGUUGUAUUUUUUAUAAAAUUUCACUAUGAAAUUUUGUAGAGUAUAAUUUCAAAGCAAGCUUUCCCAGUCGUCACCAUUUGUAAUGGCAGCCCGUGGAAGACGACGAACAUUGCAGGGACACCGCUGGAAGGAUUGGUAAAUAACUUAUAAGUAAAAUAACCAAGUUAAAUACGAUGAUUAAUAAAUUUAGUUUUCAAGGUUGACGCCUACAAUGCCGGAAAGACAAACGCAACUUAUGGCUUUACAUCACCAUUCUCAAUGGCUGAGAGUAUGCGGGCGACAAGAUGGACGAGAUUAAUGUACGAGGAGCUGAGAAGUCUGGAAGAAGAUGUAAGCACAAGAAACUCUCCCAAUAUACCACAUUUCAGAGCGGAAUAGACCUUUCCUACAAGUUGUCGGAGAUGCUGAUUGACUGCAAGUAUAAUCAGGCGGAUUGUGAUUUGAGGUAAAUGCGUAAAAACCGAGAAUUUAACGGUAAUUUAGUGGAAACGUAACAAGUUUUUAUGACCCAUACAAUGGACUUUGUCAUACGAUAAAUUCGAAUAUGUCAUGGGCUUCCAGUCGAGCUGGACCGUAUAAUGGACUGAGAAUAUCGUUGAAAUCGCCGACGGAGGCGUAUCUUCCUUGGGUUCAAACUGCGGGCGUAAUAUUUUAUGCUCAUGGAACGGUAAGUCAGCUUGCUUUGUGAUAUAAGUCAUGGAUUUUUUUCAAAAGCGUACAAGGCUGGAGGCUCAAAAGUUUCUCUAAAAAUGAAAAAAUCAGGGCCCGUCGCCCCUUACAAAAUUUUUCUUGAAAUGGCUUGGCGCGGGCCGACCUUGAUGAGCCGGCCGGCUUGGCUCGGAAAGAUCAGAAGCUCGAUCCCCUAGUAAAAAAUUAAAGAUGACGGUUACAGGACGAAACCCCCUUCCAAGAUACGUUUGGAUAUUUUGCGCAAACAGGUAAAUGUUCGUCAGUGGGCUUACGGUACAUGGAAAGAGUAAAACUUCCCCAUCCCUACAACGAUUGCUCCAAGAAUGGUCAUGGCGCCGCUAACUACUACUCUAAUCAAUAUGAGGUAAGAAUGAGGUCCUCGCCAUGGGCUAAAAAAGCUAGGUUGUUUCUGCAAAGGCUGCAGAUCUGAGAUCUGCAGCCUUUUUCGACCGCUAAUUGGCCCUCUCUCAUUCUAGGUUGAGGCCUGUCUCCGCAGCUGCCUUCAGGACAAUAUUAUGAAGAUCUGCGGCUGCUACGAUCCACAGUACAACUACCCUUCGAAUGUAUCGGUUCCGUCUUGCUAUAAAAUGCCUGAUAUCAAUGAAGCCAGUAAGUUGAGGCGUUGCUCACUAGUGUAAAACUAAGUUUACAGUAGACUGCGCCGAUUCCAUUAUCAAUGAAGUCGACGAAUCGUCCAACACCAGCAUUACCGAGUGCAAUUGUCCGUUUGGUUGUGAGUAAGUUAGAGAAUUACGCAUAGAGCCGAGGGGAUUUUGCAAAGCCUGACGGUUUUUUUUUUAUUUGCAGCGAGAGCUUCUAUCAAAUCGCAAUGUCUCAAGCAAAAUGGCCUGCAACAACUUAUAUGGUAAGAGAAUGUUCUUUUAGUGGAAUCAAUGUGUUUAGCGGUCAAGGAAACUGCUCAUGUUGCGACGCUGAGUUCUUAUGAUUACUGGGAACGAAUUUGCAAAUUUAGAUUUAAUUUUUGUGUAGCGAAACGCAAGAUUCGUAGCUUGCGUUUCACAAGCGAUCGAAAUUUUUUAGUCCGAGAGUUCGCGAAAAAUGGGGCAAAUAUUUAACACGUUUUGUGUUGGUUUUCCCUAGCAAAUAGAUUUUUUCGACCUGAAAUUGGCAGGGAUAUUUCAAAAACAAUUUUCGCUUUGACCGCUCUCCGCCUUUUGCGUACUCUCUCGGCCGCAAAGGUCGUUGAAUAUCUCGGCUGCCCCUGCAAAGCAUGAGCUAAAAUUUGGGGAAUUUGAAAUAGAGCCUACCCCCUUCUUGUGUCCAAAAUUUAAUCCAAGACCUUAUAGUCGCCUUUCGAACACUGCCGCCGUAAAGUAUAUAUUUCGCCCACAUCAAUUUGAAACAACGUUUUCAGCCUCCAGAAUGUGCCAACAUUACGGCCAACUGGAAUAACAAGUCCGAGUGCGUUGAAUGGUACAAAGCCAACACCCUUAUGUUGGAAAUAUACUUGGAACGGUCCAGUUAUCAGAGCAACCUUGAAUCAGUUGGGUAUACGGUAAGAUACAACUAUAGUUCCUGAUUUAUGUAUUUAUUUUCAGUUGACAAACAUGAUCGCCGAUGUUGGUGGUCAAUUGGGCUUAUGGCUCGGGAUGAGUGUUCUGUCGCUUUUCGAAUUGUGCGCACUGGGCUUUCUCGUCGUCUUGUUUUUCAUUGUUCGACCGGAGCCUGUGACAAUCGGGAAAUACGACUACUUUGCGCAGUUCAACAAACAGGUAAAUACUAAAGUACCGAAUUCAAAAAAUGAGGGGAAAGCCAAUUUACAGGGCUCUACAGGGUAAAUUCCCAAGAUUAAAUUCGGUUCCGAUCCGUUUGGAGGUUAAAUUGAAAAGCAUUGUAGCUAAAAAAACUUCUGUUUCAGAUCGCAGAGCAAGGAACUUCGCUUAUUUACCGCAGUCCAAGCGAAAAGAACGAAGAGAUUUUGAAGGAUAUAAAUAUCGCUCCGCCAAAAAUUGCGGAGGCCCAACCAGUGCCUGGUGCGUCUUUUAAAUAA